AUGGAUUGUCUGCGCAGGCUCUUUAACUCACCUCAGUACUCCGACCUGAAGAUCAGCAGCGGCGACGGCACAGUCUAUCAUGUACACAAGAGCAUCGUCUGUACCCAGAGCGAGUUCUUCGCGAAUGCAUGCAAUCUAGAACCCGGCUUCAAGGAAUCUCAAGAUGGCGUUAUUGACCUCACUCACGAGGAUCCACGCAUGGUCGAAGUCGUCCUCACCUUCUUUUACCAUCACGACUACUAUCGCUCCUCCGAAUGGACCCCUCUUUUCCAUACCCAAUGGCGCUUAGAGCUGGCGCUGCUUGACAGCAGCUUGAAAGAUGGUACAUUCUCAGCGACAGUGGCAGCUAUCUACGCACUUCCGCCCGUGAAAAACCAAAAACUUCGAGAGAUCGCCGCAAAAGUGGCUGCGAGGAAUUAUAGCAAGCUGAAAAAGGCCAAGGUGUUCACGAAGAUGGCCUGGGAGAUAGAGGAUAUCAGCAUGGAUGUGGCCGUGGCGUUGCAAGAUGUCGAGGACGCGGGCAAGGAAGCUAGAGUGGAGAAAGUGGAGAGAAGACUGGUACUGCGGGAGGCUCCCCUCAGCGAGAGUGUUUAG